AAGAUUUUAAUAUUUCUGACAUGCUACAAACAUAUAAUUCAAUGGGUAUUAUGUCAUACAACUAGCAGUGAAAUCAAACUAUACAGUGAAAAUGACAUCUAAUGAAGAUAUUGCGUCUGUGGUUGAAGCAAACUUCAACUUUGGCUAUAGUGUUUAUAAAAAGCUUAGAAAGGCAUCUCUAGAAGAGUCACCUAACAUACCCGAGAAUAUAUUAUUUAGUCCCCUAUCAGUGAAAAUUAUGUUAGCUUUAGCUUUUGUUGGAGCAAAAGGUGCUACAGCGGAAGAAAUGAGUACAGUGUUACAGCUUUCACAUGAUCCAAGUCAAGUAUCAAAUAACUUUUUAGACCUUAUAUCACAAUUAAAAUCAUCAAAUGUUAUUUUAACAAUAGCAAAUAAGAUUUUUAUCGAUAACAAAGUAAAACUAAGUGACAAAUUUCAACAAACAGCGAUUAAAUAUAUUGAUUCAGAAACUGAAUACGUUGAUAUGAAAAAGAAAGCAUCAUUGGGUAAAAUAAAUAGUUGUGUUGCACAAAAAACAGAAAAAAAAAUUGCUUCAGUCCUAGAAAACCUAGAUGCCGACACUGAAAUUGUGCUUGUAAAUACUCUUUACUUUAAUGGAAAAUGGGCAAAAGAAUUUGAAGCUACAAAUCCAAUGCAAUUUUAUUUAACGCCAGAAGAAAGCAUUGAAGUGCCUGCAAUUCAUUGUAAAGACUACUAUACUUAUUAUGAGGAUAGAGGUGUAAAAAUUCUUGAAAUACCUUACAAAGGUGAAGAAUACAGUCUGGUUAUUACUUUACCAGAAGAUACUAAUGAACUUCCAACGUUAGAAGAUAUAUUCCCAUCAGAUUAUCAGAAUAAACAAAAAUCAGAAGUUGAAAUUGAUGUAACUAUUCCCAAAUUUAAAAUUGAAAGCUUUACUGAUUUUACAACCCUAUUGCAAGAAAUGGGAAUGGAAACUGCAUUUAGUAAUGAAGCAGAUUUUACUGGAUUAAUUGAUCCAGAAAGCAGUAUAAAAAAUAUUGCAAUCAGUAAAGUGGUUCAGAAAUGCUGUAUGGAUGUUAAUGAAGAAGGUACUGAAGCUGCUGUUUCAACAGCAAUUAAGUUUUCCAAGUUAAAUUCUCCGGAACUAGAACCUUCCAAAACAUCAUAA